AUGUCAUCGGCCGAAAGGCAUUUUGUUGGUGACCUUGAUACCAUGGAUGUGUGCAGAGGUAUUGGAAGUAGACAAGACAGUGGUUUCUCCGAUAUUAUUGCACGAAGCAGCACAAUAGGCGAGGUCAGCGAUACCAGUCUCCAGGACUCGCUAUUACAAUCCUCUCCAAUCGGAUUUCGAUCGCCAAUUCCCAGGUCACCUAAUCAGCAGGAAGUCUCAAGGCUGUGGCGACCACUUCAUCGUCUACCUGACCUCCAACAAUUUGCGUCUCGAGGCGCUAUGCCAAUCAACCCGAACCGUUCUUUUAGGCCAAGGUCAGCGCCUUUGGCAAUAGACAGGUUCUCGUUGCCAGAGGAGGAUGAAGAUCAGGAUAGGGAGCAGACGGAUGACGAAGCCACGGAUCAUGAACACCAUCACCACCAGCAGCACCACCAUCAUCACCACCACCAGCAACUGAUUAACCAUCGUGAUCACUCGCCUCCCCCGCCAGUCGUCUUUAUCCCUCGUGACAGGAGGAGAGCAGGAGGUACGCGGCUUCACAACACAUUAAUUGGUUUAAUCUUUUUCAUCACAAGGCAUGACCAUCUUCAAGGUUUUUGUCAUAAUCACAUUAUGUGUUGUGGUACUUUUUCAUCCAGUAAUAACGUAGUUGAUCAAAUUCACUCACCCUUUUUGACGUUAUAG